UUUUACUUUUGUACUUGCGAAAAAUACUUUCAGUUUGAUAAUUUAUCGGAUCUGAGGCCAAAAAUGUUGAUCAGGAUAUCCCUCAUUUUGGAUUAAGGUUGUAACCUAAUGGAGAAUGAGUGAAGCACUGUGAAUAUUUUCUAGGUACAGUGUACAUUAAUUAUUGUAUGUAUUACUCGGCCAUUAUGUUCUGCACCCUGAUUGGCUGUAGACCAUUGUCAAUCAAUCUCCUUUGUUCCAUUUUCUGUGGAAAUGGUGGUCAAUAGUCUUGUGGUGUAAUAGUCGCUAGCAAUAUCGCUAACUGUGUGAGCUGCUUGCCACCCAACAAUCAACAACAGAAGAAGAAUAGGAAGAUAACCAUCUUAAUCUUCGGUUCAAGGACUAGGAUGAGGAGGAUGACAACAGGUGCAGUUUGUAUUAACAAGGAUACAAAAACGCUACAGCCGAAUGGUGCCAGGACGCGGCAUGGUCAGAUGAGUAAAUACGUGUGAGUCACUUAAUAAUUUCUUGCGUCCAACCAACUAGAUUCAUCAUUAAAACACUGAAGUUCGACAAAUUAAGAAAACUGGUAGACCAAGGCCAGAAUUCUGUGUGCUCCACUCGUAAAUGUGAGUCAGCUCGCCCGAAUGUAACCCUCUUUUUCCUGCAUCAGAGUAGGCCAUAGAGGGCCUGGAGAGUGAUGGAGGAUUGAUUGUUCUUUUUUUUUUUUUGGAGGAUCAAUUGAGCAUUGGAACUGCACAGACUAUUUGGUGCAUGUGGGUGCCUUCCUGAUUUAAAACGAGAACUUUUUAAUUUUCAAACAUGCCAUUUAACUCAAGUUUAACUCAAGUUUGUUGCCACAGGCCAGUUUUACUCUGAGAUUCUUCUUUGGGUUGGAUAAAUGAAUAAGUACUCGUGUUUAGGCCCCUCCCAUCUGUCGAUUUAUGUUUACAUCAAUAUGUAUCCGUGUGUGUGUGUGUUGGCGAUAUGAGCGAGGACAGCAGAGAGAACUGUGUGUACAGAAUAAAUAUUGGUACAAACCAAGUCAGCGAGAGUGCUGCACACUGGAUGCUAUCUUCCAAAGCAACAGUUCCUGAGUAAGAACGAAGACACCACCGUGACGAGGACGAACGACUGCUCUCAUGUGCAUGAACGAGGACUGAUUAUAGGGAGGCGGGAGUAGAAGGCCAUGAGUCUGUGAGUCCGACGAAGGCAAAGAGGGGGAGACUCUGCCGGGCUAAUGUGUGACAGGAAGAGCUCCAGGAAGCACGCAGGGAAGAGGGAGUCAUCCUCUCGCUCCGCCGAAUCAUCUGGCUCGCGCUCGGCGGAAGCAGUCGAGGUUCCCAUAGUCAUCCCAGAUGUGAAGGAGUUUCUUGCCAAAGCCAAAGAAGAUUUUCUAAAGAAAUGGGAGAAUCCAGCACAGCAAACUGCAGCUUUGGACCACUUUGAGCGUAUAAAGACUUUAGGCACCGGUUCCUUUGGCAGAGUCAUGCUGGUUAAGCACAAAGAAUCAGGCCUGCACUUUGCUAUGAAAAUACUUGACAAACAAAAGGUGGUGAAGCUGAAGCAGAUCGAGCACACGUUGAAUGAGAAACGUAUCCUGCAGGCAGUUAACUUUCCUUUCCUUGUGCGACUGGAGCAUUCUUUUAAGGACAACAGUAAUCUCUAUAUGAUAAUGGAGUACGUUCCCGGAGGUGAAAUGUUCUCACAUUUGAGGAGAAUCGGUAGAUUCAGCGAACCACACGCCCGCUUCUACGCAGCACAGAUUGUACUGACCUUUGAGUAUCUUCACUCACUGGACCUCAUCUACAGAGAUCUGAAGCCAGAGAACCUGCUCAUCGACCAGCAGGGUUACAUUCAGGUUACAGAUUUUGGCUUUGCGAAAAGAGUGAAAGGUCGAACCUGGACGCUCUGCGGAACCCCUGAGUACCUGGCACCAGAGAUCAUCCUAAGUAAAGGCUACAAUAAAGCUGUAGACUGGUGGGCUCUGGGGGUGCUCAUAUACGAGAUGGCUGCCGGGUAUCCCCCCUUCUUUGCAGACCAGCCCAUCCAAAUUUAUGAGAAGAUUGUAUCAGGAAAGGUCCGCUUUCCUUCCCACUUCAGCACGGACCUGAAGGACUUGUUGAGAAACCUGCUUCAGGUGGACCUCACCAAGCGCUUCGGCAACCUCAGGAACGGCGUCAACGACAUCAAGGGCCACAGGUGGUUCACCACCACCGACUGGAUCGCCAUCUAUCAGAGGAAGGUUGAAGCCCCCUUCAUCCCCAAGUGCAGAGGCCCCGGCGACACCAGCAACUUUGAUGACUACGACGAGGAGGAGAUCCGAGUGUCCAUCGCUGAGAAGUGCACCAAGGAGUUCGCCGAGUUCUAGGUUCCAUCCGCAGAUUUAGAUUGGGGGAGGGAGUGUUUUUGGGGGGGAGGGUGUUGAUUGGACUGCUUAUAUUUGUGUUACAUCCCUCCCCCUACCCCACUCGCCGUAACAUCCCCGCCUCUUGACGGGGAGGCACGGCCAAGCAAUGAGGAAACAUCCAGCAGAACCAGCAGCGUUGCCUUCUUCUCCUGUUUUUUUUUUUUUUUCCUCAGCUGUUACCUGUUCACCUCUUCAUCCCCACUCGCCAACCGAGUCAAAGGUCCUUUAGCUAAACUCGUAUCUCGGCGGUCGUCGCACAGCGUCGAGGCAGCCAUGUUGUUAAGGUACCCUUUUUUUUUUUGGAUUGUAGUGUCUUGUUCAUGACCUCUCACCGCCGCUCCCAUCCCGAGCAAUACCGAGUCCCAACAGAUUGUGCCUAUCGCCGUGCCAACCGGCGCUGAGCUUUAGUCGCUACAUGUGAGAAAGAUUUAUCAUAUUUGCUAUUUUUGGGGGGGGGUUGCAUCUCACGUCCCUCCUUCAUCUAACUGGUGAUCAUUUUGUCCUGUUUGUGUUAUUUAGUGUUGAGUUAAAAAGGUGCAUAGCCACACUUCUUAAUCUUUACAUACACGGGUGCAUCUCAACAAAUUUGCAAUAUAGAAAAAGCUAUUUGAUUUCAUGAGUUCAAUUCAAACUAAGCGUUUUGCAGUUAAUUAGCAGAUUAGCGCGCCAAUCAGUAGUUUUCACAAUUUAUUCAAAUAUUAGAUAACGAAUUUGGGGUCUUUAUUAGCUCUAUGCUAUAAUCAUCAAAAUUAUUAAAUUAAGAAAUACAUUUUUGCAGCACGGCGGUCGAGUGGUUAGCACACAGACCUCACAGCUAGGAGACCAGGGUUCAAUUCCACCCUCGGCCAUCUCUGUGUGGAGUUUGCAUGUUUCCAAAAACAUGCUACGUUAAUUGGCGACUCCAAAUUGUCCAUAGGUAUGAAUGUGAGUGUGAAUGGUUGUUUGUCUAUAUGUGCCCUGUGAUUGGCUGGCGACCAGUCCAGGGUGUACCCCGCCUCUCGCCCGAAGACAGCUGGGAUAGGCUCCAGCACCCCCGCGACCCUCGUGAGGAAAAAGCGGUAGAAAAUGAAUGAAUGAAUGAAUGAAUACAUUUUUGAUUUAUUACAUUUUAUGUGUAGUCGGAUUGAGCUACUGAAAUACAUAAAUUGAUAUUCUAAUAUUUUGAGAUGCACCAGUCUCCAUCCAUUUUGGCAUCGCUGUGAGUUUAGAAAUAAAGUUAAUUCUACCCAGUUUGCAAACAUCAUCACAAAGUUUUGUAUAUACUGCGUCAUUGGUGUGCAACCUGCAGCCCAUGGGUCAUGUAUAGCACACGAGAGAACAGUCCAACCUGCCAUGCAAAUCUAAUCCCCCCCACCCACAUGUAUCUGUGCGCCCCCUAAUGGAAUUUAGAGGAGUGUCGAGUUAAGACAUCUUAUUUAUUUGUAUUUUGGUUGCAAGACAAUCACAGACCAAUGCUGAUCUCAAUGCUGGUUUGUGGGUUUGUGGACUCAAAUUCUGUAUUUUUUUUUUUUUCUUGAAGGUCGUACGCUUGCGCCUGACGCCCCCCCCCCCCCCCCCACACACACACACACACACACUCUUACACCCCCUCCUUCUCCACAUGAGGCCCGAGGUGCUAGACUUUGUGUCCGAGUGUUUUUUGUUUUUUUUUGAUGUGACGCUCCCAUUUUUUUCUUUAAAAAAAAACACAAAAAAGAAUGUGAUUCAUUUCAAUGCAGGCUCCAGUAAUUAAUUGUAAUGUAAAGGCUGAAUGACUUUUUUUUUUUGGAUGUCUUGACUUGGCUGUUGAAUGUGUAUUUUUUUUUUUUUUUGUUCUUAAUCCGGUGAUCUUUUGUUUUCUUUCAUACCAAAACAGCAAGCUAACUCCCACACUCUGACCUGUCAUCAUUCUGCAACAGUUUGUGCCCUUUGACCUUUUCAGUGAGUCAAAGCAUUGCAUUAAAGAAUGGAUCUCCAACACAUGUAUUGUGUUGAGUAGAGCACGUGUAACGUGGUCCCAUAGCAGUGCUUUUAUUUUUGCGUCCUACAUGCCUCUUUGUCAUUUAGCGCAAUUUGUUUUAUUUCUAUAUAAAUUAUAUAUAUAUAUAUCUCAAACACUCAAAAUAAGUGAUCACGAUAUAGUUUUUUCUCCUGUCUUUGCCUUCUUCUAACAUUGCAACAUUCAAACAUAACACUUUUUACAUCAGAGACAUUUUAGGUUCAUAUUUUCUAAUUGUAUUUUCAAAAAAAAAAAAAACUAUUCAAAGAUUAAAAAAAAAAAAAGAAAAACAUCUAUUCUUUUUUUUUUUCUCAUGACCUGGGUACAGUGAUUGUGUAGUCUCAUGUACCUUUUGGGGGGAACAAUACUGUAUAAUAUUAUUAAUAUGCCUUUACAGUCUUAACUAUCUUACCUUCUGGAGAACUUGACAGAUACCCUUAGAACACAAUGAGUAUGUUAAAAGAAAGUGUGUGUAUGUAUGUAUAUAUAUAUAUAUAUAUAUAUAUAUAUAUAUACACACACACACACGCAUAAGAUAUUUUGCAAAAAUGUAUCAUUCCAAUAAAGUUUUACUUGUUAAGACUAA